CAUCCUGCAGCGGGGAGUCCGUUUCCCCCACUGCCUCGUGUUCUCCCUGAACUCACUUGGCCCGCUCUCCCCCUCUCCGCAGAUGGCCUGGCCUCCUCCCGGGUCCGCCUGUACUUCGUGGUCUCCAACGAAGGCAACCAGAACCUGUUUGUGGCGCAGGCCAGCCUGUGGCUGUACCUGAAGCUGCUGCCCUUCGUUCUGGAGAAGGGCGGCCGGCGGAAGGUGCGGGUCAGGGUGUACUUCCAGGAGCAGGGCCACGGCGACCGGUGGAGCGUGGUGGAGAAGAAGGUGGACCUCAAGCGCAGCGGCUGGCACACCUUCCCGCUGACGGAGGCCAUCCAGGCCCUGUUCGAGCGCGGCGAGCGGCGGCUCAGCCUGGACGUGCAGUGCGACAGCUGCCAGGAGCUGGCCGUGGCGCCGGUGUUCGUGGACCCGGGCGAGGAGUCGCACCGGCCCUUCGUGGUGGUGCAGGCGCGGCCGGGCGACAGCCGACACCGCAUCCGCAAGCGAGGCCUGGAGUGCGACGGCCGCACCCACCUCUGCUGCCGGCAGCAGUUCUUCAUCGACUUCCGCCUCAUCGGCUGGAACGACUGGAUCAUCGCCCCCACCGGCUACUUCGGGAACUACUGUGAGGGCAGCUGCCCGGCCUACCUGGCGGGGGUCCCCGGCUCCGCCUCCUCCUUCCACACGGCCGUGGUGAACCAGUACCGCAUGCGCGGCCUGAACCCCGGCACGGUGAACUCCUGCUGCAUCCCCACCAAGCUGAGCACCAUGUCCAUGCUGUACUUCGACGACGAGUACAACAUCGUCAAGCGGGACGUGCCCAACAUGAUCGUGGAGGAGUGCGGCUGCGCCUGA